UGAUCAACAUGUCUGCGUGCUGGAGUUUGACAUAAUGUGGAAUAUUAAUAUUUGAUAAAGAUUAAUGUUUCAAGUGUUGUUGUGAUAGUGUAUAAAGUCGUGAAAUUGUUAUCUUCAUAACAGUGUGCUCGGCAGCUAUUAUAUUUGUUCACUGUAGAACUUAAGGGUUCACGCACAGGUUUCAAGAAUGGCGGAUAAUACAUUAUUUACUGGUAUAUCCAACCCAAAUGUCAUGGAAAUGCUUCUCGAACGGUUUCAACAGCUUCCAGAAUUAGACAGAAAGUUUUUUUCAUAUGGACCCAUCUACCUUGGGAUAAAUUCAGCAUUUGCAGGUUUAAUUGCCAACAGUUUCUUUCGAAGAAUACUCAAUAUUGCACAGGCUCGUUUUGCUUCCAGUUUACCAAUGGGAAUUCUUCCAUUCCUGACUACAGUAGCGGGGUAUAAUGCUGCUGUAUCAAAGCCUUUGCUUUCAGGUGAAAUCAAUUGUCCCACAUGUGCCCUAGUUAGAGGAGGAUUAGUAGCUUCUCUUGGAGGAGGCUUGUAUCCUGUUCUCCUGGCCUUACCAAUAAAUGCUGGCCUUGCAUCACGAUAUAAUACAGCCCCAAUGCCACAGAGAGGAAAUAUAUUACGAUUCUGGAUUACUGUUUGUCAGCCAGUUAUGAGGAAACUGAGCUUCAUAUUAAUCCUCCAAACUCUCUUCGGAGUCUAUCUGAGUUCCAAACACUAUGCAAUUUACGUGAAAAUGUUGGCACUUCCUCCAACUCAUACAGAUCCCAAACUAAAUGCAUAAAUUGGAGGAAAAGAACAAUGUAAUUUCUUCAGGACUCGCCAACGUAGUUUGACACUGGUGAAUGCAUGAUCGUAAGAGGAGGUAAUUUGUGAAUUUAGAAUUACAGCGCACAACCAAAUAUGAUCAAAGCCACAAAGGCAGUGAUUCUACAUUACUGUUUUUUUUGUCAUCCUGUAUUUGUGACCAUACCAGCCCUGCCUCAAUUGAUAACACCUUUGCCUGUGUGUCAUAAGGUUUCAGAUUCAAGACCCAUUCCAGAAUCUAAGCUGAAAAAUUCUGACUCUGACACUCCAGUACAGCACUAAGGGAGUCUUUUGGCCAAGUUGUUAAACUGAGUCCUCAUCUGAGUGCUCAGGUAGAUUUAAAAGACCCCCUGGCACUGUAUCAAAGAAAAGCUGAUGUGCUGACCAAUAUUAAUCCCUCAAUCAACAUUCAAAAAUAUAGAUUGGUGUUUGUUAUCACAUUGCUAUUCUUGGGAGUUUGUUAUGCACAAAUUUGCUGUAAAGUGCUUAGAGAUACUGGCAGUUUUUGAAAAGUGCAAUAUAAAUGUAAGGUUUUUAGCCAUUAAGUCCAAGUGCUGCAAUUGUAAUAUAAAAUCAUUUUAAAAAAUUUCUUCUGGCUACACUGUUAAAAUAUGAAACUGAUUCUGAAAGAAAUCUUGAAUGUAAACCAUAACAUGUACAUGCAUUCUUUAUGUAAUCAAGAAACAGCAGCAGUACGGAUGAUUUCCUGGACAUAAUGAUAAUUAAAUUUUCAUACAAUAAAUUUGCUUAAAAUUAAA